AAAACAAAAAACAAAAAAAAAACAAAUUCCCAUACUUAUCUCCAGAUGUUUCAGAAUCCGAUGAGCUCAAGUGGGACUCUUCUAUUUUAAAAACCACAACCCUUCCUCUGCUCAUUAAAUUCACACCGUUCAAGCUACCUAAGCAUACACGUCACAACAAUCAAUGGACAAAACACUCAUUAUGAACCCGCACACUCAUGAUAUUUCCUCCCGAAUAAAGUGGGUUUAUCUUGUACUAACUGACUGAUACCGAAGAAGCUUAACUCAACUUGGACUGAUCGAAACACAAAACGCCAAUGACGGCUGUCCAAUAACAAAUCACCACGUGUCGAAUCGGAGCUUAUAUUCUUCAGCAAAUCUCUCUCUCUCUUUUUCUCUACUUUGCUCUGUUUUUGGCGUUCUAAAUGAUCCAUUAUCUCCAUUUCAUCGGUGAAUUUUGUUUCUCCAGUGCUGUUAAAGUAGUUGAGUGGUUCUCGGAGAAUCUGUUUCUCAAAAGAAGCACAAUGGCGUUAUCGAAGAGAGGGUUCGUGAUGACCUCUAAUGCUAGAUUUCACGGCGAGGAAGAGGAAUUAGAGUUAGGAUUAGGAUCAGUGAGGUUCACGCGAGGAUUAGGGAGGAAAAGGAUUUUGAUUUCGAGUUGUGUGCGUGAAUCUCUAUCUAGAUCGGCCGUUGAGAUUCCGGUAGUAUCUGAAUCGCCGCCGGUGAAGAGUUCGUUGAAGAGACAACGAAGCAGAAUAACAAUUGUUUCUUCUUCAUCCUCUGAGAAAUCUCGACUUGAGUGUCUCCCUCAAGAUCUCUUGAUUCGAGUCAUUUGUGGUGUUGAUCAUGAGGAUCUCAAGAGUCUAAAACUUGUAUCUAAAUCGAUUAGAGAAGCUAGUUUGGUAGCAAAAACGUUACAUUUUGCGUACACCACACCUAAAAAGACUCGAGCUUUUCGAAACUCGAUCGAUCUCGAGGAGGUUUCGGAUUCCAGGCAUCAAGAGGACGACAUAGAGCCUCCUAAUGCACCGAGGCACUAUCGAUGGACCAAGGCUAAGAGGAAAGAGCAACUCUCUAGCGUCUCUGCGGCUUUGUUUACAUGAAAAAAUGAUAUGUGUAAAUGCUUUGAUUCUAGUGGCUAAGUGUUUUCACACACUUCACUUUGAUUACCACUGUGAAAUUCUCUAUGAUGGUUAUUCUUUAGAUUAGUUUGCAUUUGAUUCAGAAAAAGUUAGGGUUACUGAUGAUUUUUGUAUAUAAAUUCAUUUUGCAGACAUUGGAAACUGAAAUGGUCUUUUCCUAUACAUGUAUUUUAGUCUUUUGGGAUUUAGUCAGAGUCAGAGUAUCCAAGGUUUUGGUUUUGAUUUUGUCUUAGGGUGCAUUGCAAUAAAGAUUAUCAAUUCUUAUGUCAACACAUUUAAUGAAUCUAAAAUUUUUCAUAAAUAAA